CCCCCGUCGGUUCGGGUCAGAACAAGACCCCCCCCCCCACCCGCGUCCCCAGCUUUAGUUCAGUGUUACCCGUCGAACGGUUCGUUAACGGCAGUUUGUUUGAAUGUGGUGAAUCAAAGUUUGAGCUUGACUUUUGGCUGAAAGCAGCGGGAUUUACGGUGAAGCUAAAGCUAAAGCUAAAGCUAGGAAACGGUCGGUCUGCUGUAGGACUUUUAGAGAAGGAUGGUUCACUGUCCUCAUGCGCUUUAAUUUCGAUAUUUCCAACAUGAGGAGGCGAAGUUUUCGAGGAUGAUUUUUCUGGAGCCGUUUCAUCUUCGAACAUCGUGAUGCUGCACAUCCGAAGGACGUUGUCUCCUUUAAGAGGCUGGUCAGGUGCUUGCAGGUGUCAAACUGGACACCAGCCGCCCAGGACCAGUUGCAGCUCCAGUGGCAGCAGCCUGUUCGUGGCUUCUGAGAGCAGCAGUGCAGGGCUGGUCCUCCACUCCCAGUCCACAGACGUGUACCAGAACCUGGCUCUGGAGGACUGGAUCGACGCCAAUGUGGACCUGCAGCAGCGCAGGAUGCUGCUGCUGUGGAGGAACCGGCCCGCCGUGGUCAUCGGACGCCACCAGAACCCCUGGACCGAGUGCAACCUGCCAGCCAUGAGGAGGAUGGGGAUCCCUCUGGCUCGCAGGCGGAGCGGUGGCGGGACGGUCUUUCACGACCUCGGAAACCUCAACCUGACCUUCUUCACCUCCAAGAAAGCGUACGACCGGAAGAGGAACCUGAAGGUCGUCACCGAGGCUCUGAGGCAGGUUAGACCAGGACUGGACGUCCAGGCCACAGACAGAUUCGACAUUUUACUCAAUGGCCACUACAAGAUCUCAGGCACGGCGUCCAGACUGAGCAGGAACUCGUCCUACCACCACUGCACCCUGCUUCACUCUGCUGACCGCUCCGCCCUCUCCGCCGUGCUCCGCCCCUCUUGCCCCGGUAUCCUAAGCAACGCCACACCCAGCGUCCCCUCGCCUGUCGCCAACCUGCUGGACCGCGCCCCCACGCUGCAGUGGGAGGAGCUGCUGGACGGACUGGUGCACCAGUACAACGCAGAGUUCGGCUUCAGCUCUGCGUUGACCCUCGUCAACCCUGCCGACGAGUCUACAUUUCCUGGUCUCAGCAGGACGGCGACAGAGCUGCGCAGCUGGGACUGGACGUUCGGUAAGACGCCUAAAUUCAGCGUCCGGACCCUCCUUGACCUGACGGACGGUCGGUCUGCUCGCAGCUCUGCUCAGCUGCAUAUGGAGGUAAAGAACGGGCUGAUCGAGAGCUGUGCGCUGGACGUCCCUGCAGACUGGCUUCCUCGGCGGCUGAGCGGCGAGCUGAUCAACGUGCUGGUCGGUGAGAGGUUUUGUCCACAUCGAGCGGCUGCAGCUGCUGCCGUGCUGCUGCGGUCUGAGAGCGGCGAGCUGCAGACCAGACUGCACAACCUGUGUGACGCUGUGCUGUCUGUGAUGGGCUGAAAUAAAACGGAUGGACGGAAACACGAGCUGACGGGUGUUUGCGUGGAGUCCACGAUUCGCAGAGCUGCCAGUUCCCCCGAGAGGCUGCGGUGUUCAUUACAGCUGCAAUAUGAACGUUAACAUCAUUCAGAAAGCCUGAGGGUGAAUCUAAAGAGUCCGAAUAUAAACCCACCGGACGCCGAAAUUCAAAGUGUAAUCAGAAGCUGCUCUCACUCCCAAACCGAUCGACAGGUCGCUUGAUACUUUGACAACUUUAAUUAUCAUGAAAAUCUGAUUUAUACCUUUUUUUUGUGAUGCUGCUAAAACUCUCUUUACGUGACUAAUACUUGAAAAAGUAGCUAUGGUUCAUUGUUUCUGGCUUUUAUUUAUCUAGAAGUUUAUUUAGAUAUUUAAAAGGCUGAAGAUGUGAUAAUAAAAACAUUAAUACGUUUGCAGCCCAUAAGUGUUUAUGUUGGUUAUGUGUGAUGCAGACGUGGGACAGUACGAAGCUGAUGCGUCUUCAUCAGCUCCAUGUGCAUUUCUUCGCAUCUUUCUCUUCACUUAAGUACUUUUCAUCGUUUGGCUUAUCAAAAAUAUUCCAAUAUAUUUACAAAAAUACAACAUAUCUGACUUAAUGAUAAAGUCCCUGACUUAUUUCUGUCGCUGUAUCACCGUCCAGUCCACCAUCUGCUUAUCAGGAUGGAGACAGGAGUCAGCGUCUGAACUAAGAAAAAUUAGAAAUCGGCAGCUGAAAAACUGGAGAACUGAAUCGUGCCAUUAACCUUUUUUUUUCAUGUGACAUAAAAUCCUGGUGAAAAUAUUUUCACAGUGAUCUGCUUCUUUAAAAGAAGAUUUUUCAUCUAUAAAUCAAACUCUUCAGUUACAUAUGGGGAAAAAAAUGGUCAAUAAAUAUCUCUUCUUUAAACAAACUUU